GCUUGGAGUCCAACCUGAUGAUGUGGGACGAAUUCUAUGCUGCCAUGACAGAAGAGGAGAUUCGAGAGAGGCUGGGCGUCGCUGGGUCCAACAUUGCCAUGGAAUGGGAAAGGGAGGACUUAUUGGCCACUCUCAUGGAGAUUGACAAGGCCUUCACCGCACACGUUGUCGAAAAACGAUGUGCUCUUUUCUCGGCCGGAAGCGUAGAUAGUACGUGUUGCCUUUUUGGGUGUGCGAUCGAUUUCGCCGAUGGGUGGGCUGUGCAGUGUGGUGUUUCUGCAGCGACCGUAAGUGAGUGUCCAAGAUUUGGCCUGGUAGGUCAUCCCAGAGAUGUCCAAGCUAGGUCUUUCAACAUGAUGCGCCGAAGAAUGGAGAUGUAUAGCGAUGUACAGAGUGUUUUGAAGUAAUGUGGUGCUGAUGUCGGCCAUGCUCUCCCUUUGAGCCAGAGCCCUGCCAAGCCCACUCCGAAUUGGCUGGAGGCGCAGUCCUGAUUUCAAUAGGACCAAGUCACAGUCUUUUGCCGCCAGAAUUUCGCCCAUUUGCUCGCUAAAGGCGAUGGGUAUUUUUUGGAGACCUCACUUUUUAGAAGGCCAGGUCACCUGGCCUGGCAUCUUCAGCGCAGUUUGGAACUUCCGGGCCCUCGAACCUUGGAGAUUCUGCA